UGUUUCCUUUUUUUCUUAUUCUUUUAAAGUUUUAUUUUCACUUUUUUAGUUGUGUUUUCAAUUCAACCUGUCAUCUUCAAAGUUGCUGAUAGUUCACACUUUAAUGCAUUUGGUGAUAUGUAAAGUGGCUCUGAAAGGCUGACAACAUCUUAAAAAUAGAAAGCAAACAUGGUUAAAGAACUAGAAGCUACCAAGGGAGGUGGAGGAUCAAUCAAGGUGGGGACUAAAGGGACAAUCAGUUCCUUGAUGACAAGAGAACUGGACUCCGUUAAACCAAUCCCGCAAACACCGGUGUCUAUUAGACACAAAUCUCAGACAAUUCUGGCAUCGGUCGCCUCUGGUUCUUCUACUCCUAAAAGACUAAAGCUGAGGAAAUCUUUGGAUGGAGCAAGUACCAAUGGCAAUGGCAGCAACAAGAGUUACAAAACCUUGUCCAAAAAUCCCCAUCAGAUUCCAAUGCUUGGUUUUGAUAAUAUUUCUUUAGAUAGAACUCCUAGCAGACAGAAAAAUGACAAAAAAGCGUGUAACAUUGUUGAAGUUGUAGACAUAAAGUGUGGGAAACAUCUCGGUAGAGCAUGGUCGAGCCCCAUAACGAAUCAACUCAAGAAGCUCGGGUUCUCUAAGCUUUCCCAGAGCUUCAUCUAGACCUGCAACUUCUUAACAUCGGAUUUCAGGUUCCGAUAACCAAA